UGAAAAUUAAUUAGAUAAUAUUACAAAAGUACGGGAUAAAUUUACAAGAAUAAAAUGCCAACCGAAUUGGCCAUUGACACGUUAAGCAAACCAUUGCCGGAGAUUGUCUUCAGAAGAAAAAAUAAUGCUUUAUUUAAGAAACUAGCGAAGAAUACGCACUUCAAUUUGAGAGAAGUCGAAGCAUUAGCCGUUAUACACAGAAAAAUAACGCAAACCUUGGGCCCUAUAACGAGAUUAGUAUUUAGAGAUAUUUUUCACUCUGGUCUGGAUUACACCGAGAACAUCCGACACUUAUUCAUCGACAGACUUUUCUCCGCGUUAGACAAGAAGAACGUUCUGCAAAUUAAUCUGGAACAAUGGAUCGAAGGACUUUCCAUAAUUCUUCGUGGCACUUUGUCCGAGAAGAUACAUUUCGCGUACACCAUCUACGAUUUUAUGCACACCAACAAACUGAAGAAGGAACAUAUAUUUCCGUCAAUGCGAGGCUGUCUAAUCAAACUACAGACAGACGAAGAUCUCGAAGAAGGCGAAAAGGAUUUGAUUGAUUUAUUGAUGAAGAAGAUCGACGUGGACCGCGACGGUGGAAUAACCGAGGAAGAAUUUCACACGACGAUAAAAGACAGAAAUCCGCUGUUGUUGGAAUGUAUAGGACCAGUGUUCCCGUCUAGGGAAGCGAGACGAGCGUUUCUCAGCACGUUCACGGACCGCCUCGGACGAUUUUGAUUUCCUCUUUUCACGGGCGUUGUCGUUUGUGUAAUUUGUGUAUUUAACAACGUCGGUCACGAGCCACGUUUUGUCGAACCUCUUAGAGAUAACCUGCUGCGAUAAAUACGUAUCCACCGAAAUCGUUCGAGUUACAUCGUCAAGAGCUGUGCUGUCCCAGCUAAGAACCCAAAAGUGCAUCUCAGUGAAGCGGACAGGCAAACGCGCCCAAUCAGACAGAAAAGAUCCUCCCGCGCUCCAGAGCAAACGGUCCGGGUCUAGCUCGGGGCCGGAGAGAGCAAUGUUUCGCGCGCGGAAUGUUCAAUGAGGUGUGCAGAUGUGUGCUCACAGGGCGCUGUUGUGGCCACACAGUACCAUGUGUUGUCCAGUUGCGGAGGAGCGGGAGGAACCGCGGCAUGAGGUCAUCCGCGUGAACACGACACCGUCGGUCUCGUCGAUCGCAGCGGGAUCUGCCCUGACACGGACACCGGACAAAUGGAUUCAGGAAGAUCCCGCUAACGAAAGCAGUGAUUUAUCUCUGUUUCGUAGACACGCACGUCCUUUCCACGGAAG